GUGUUAUCGUUGCUCGCCAAGACACGCCACGCCGCCGGGCCGAACACACGGAGCAAGGACAAAACACCACCAUGGCCCUCCCUAGGAGUAACCCCGGGCAAGGUGGAAUGUCUGAGGCGCUGGACUAGACUUAGUGACACAGCAUCGGGUGAAGAGAAAGAGAAAACAAGUGGAAUAAGAGACCUAGAGACAAAGAAAAUAGGUGAAAUUAGAGAACAAUACAAAAUGAACACCUGUGAAAGAAGUGAAUAUAUACAUGAGACAAGGUACGUGUGAUUUACCUGAAUACGAUAAAACGAUAAUAUAUGAAUUGCAGGUGAAGAAACUGAGAGAACAGGUGAAAUUAGAGAACAAUAAAGCAAUGAACACCUGCGGAAAGCGAAUAUAUAUCUGAGACAAGAAGCGUGAGGUCUCCAGCAUACGAUAAAACGAAAAAAAGAAAAAGAAAUGACUUGCAGGUGAAGAGAAAGAGAACAGGUGAAAUUAGAGAACACUAAAGCAAUGAACACCUGCGGAAAGCGAAUAUACCUGAGACAAAGCACGUAAGAAAUCCAGAAAACGAAGAUAAAAGAGAAAACAUGAAUACCAGGUGAUGGGGUAGAAAAACAAAUCAUGUGAAAUCAAAAAGGAAUACCAAAUAAACAGCAACAAAACGAUACAAAAUAAAGACGUGUGAAAUGACGAGUGAAUGAGACGAAAUGUAUGCAACUCCCAGAAGGUUAUUGGCCGGAGAACAAGAAUAAUAGAUGAUGGAGAAGAGAGAGCAGGUGAUAAAAGAGAGGAGAGGUGAAAGUGGAAAACAAUAACAGAAUACCACCUGUGAGAAGUAAUUAAUUAACCAUACCUACCUGAGCCGAAGAAUGCAACACGUGGAAAAUAACAACGAUAACACAAAGUAACAUAAGAUAAAAUGACACAAUGAAAAGAACGGUGAAAUAAAAUUAAUAAAGCCAUCUCGUAAAUUAGAAAAAAAACCCACCAUCACAACCACCACCAUCAACAACAACAACAACAGCCCCUCAGUCCCCCCCCCCCCCCAAGCAGCAAGAGGGGGGUCAACUAUUUCCUCCUCCAAUACAAGACACAAGGAUCGUCAGCAAGGGAAUCCAACUCGCUUAUACUGACCUACAAGCUGACUUCGAUGCUCUACAGGCGGCGGAGUACUGCUGACGCUACUAUUACUACUACUACUACUACUACUACUACUACUACUACUACUACUAUUACUACAUUUCGACUGCUGGUGCCUGCAAAUCUUCACUUCUUUCUAUUAAUCUCCAUCAUCUUCCUCUUCUCUUUUUUUUUUUUUUUUUUUGUCUCCCACGUUUCUUUUGCCUCUUCUUCGUCCCUCCCAACACUACCUCUAACACUAUUCUUUGCCACUUCUCGUUCUUCUUUUCUUUACCAUUUUCCUGCUGCCUCUUCUCUUUCGUCUUCUUUUUUUCCUCAUCACCACCACCACUAACGUUUGCUUCCCCCUCCUCCUCCUUAUUUUUCCCUCCCUCUUCUUCUCCUUCUUUUUACCUCCCUCUUCUUCCUUCUCCUUCUUCCCAUAGCGCUACACGCCGCUAUUACUGCCCUCUUAUCUCCCUUUCUAUCUCAUAUCUCCCCCACAUCUCCGCUUUCUCCUUCGACCUUUUCCCUACUUUACUCUUUGGAUUUCUUUCUUCCUCUUUCUUAUCUUUCUCUUUUCAUUUUUCUUUUUUUUCUUUUCUUCUAGGCUAGUGUAGACAUUUCAUAUUCUUGUGUAUUUUUUUUUUCUGGUCUCUUGUAGUAUUCUUAAAUCCUUCCUUGUCUGUUUGUCUUCUUCCUUCUUCCUUUUUAUAUACUUUACUUUCUUUCUCUUUUGUAUUUUUCCUCCUCCUCCUCCUCCCCAUUCUUGUUUUUCUUCUUCUUCCUCUUUAUCUUAUUUCCUUCUUUCUCAUUACCUUCUUUACAUUUUUCCUCUUUUGCUUAUUCCUCCUCUUUCUUCUUCUUCAUUUUCUUCAUCAUCUUAUUCCUUCUUUCUUCUUUCAGUCCUUUUAUAUCCUUGAUUUUUUUUGUUGUCUUCUAGUCUCUUGAUGUCUUGUUAAAUCUUUGUCUAUCUGUUUUCCUUCUUCCUUUUCUUCUUCUAUUUCUUCUACUCCUUCCUCCCUUCACCAUGGACGUCGGAGAUCCCACACCCCUCAUGCGAAGUCGGAUGUCGCUGAGGGAGCCGCCCCCCCACGCGCGCGCCUCCUUCGGGGUGGCGGGCGCCGUCGGGGUGGUCGUGAACAUGGUGCUCUUCGUCAUGGAUAUCGUGUCGGACGGGCUGCUGGCCUACAUGCUGUGGCGGCAGGCCCAGCAGGACGAGGCGUGGUCUGAGCCGGUCACGUGGUUCAUUAUAACGCUGUGCAUCAUCCUCGUCCCCAUGGUGGUGAUCAACGUUUGCAGCCUCCUGUGGUACUCUCAGAACAAGCAGUGCCUAGGCGAGUACAGCGUUCUACACAAGGUUGGUAAAGUGGGCACCGUGCAACGCGUUCUGAUGCACCUGUUACUGCUGGGCCCGCUGGUCAGGUACAUGGACAUCCUACAAUACGGGGUCAAAAUGCAACAGGAGAGGAAGCACCUGGAGAUGGGGAUGCGAGGGAGCAGCUCUAUACUCAGGAGGACGCCCAGGGGGGAGGUGUAUGCCGUGCUGCAGAUGGUCAUCUCGCGGGACUCUGCAAUGCUGGACAUGAUGCACAGCUUCCUGCAGGACGCCCCACAGCUCAUCUUCCAGGUCUUCCUCCUCUACCGCCGGCCAGAGCUCAUCACAGGGACGCUCAAGGACUCCCCGUACACCACGGCCGUACAGGUGUGGAAGAUCAUGUUGGGAGUGGCCGCCAUCUCCUGGUCCCUCGUCACCUACCAGGACGAGCUACGAAGAUCAGUGCCGGGCAAGGACAAGCUCUCCUGCUGCGCCUCCUUCACCUGUCUCAUGUGGCGCGCAGCUAUAGUGGCCUCGCGUGUGAUGGCCAUUGGGUCCUUUGCGGCUAUAUACGCGCCGGAGGGGGUGCGGUGGGCCCUAACGGUACAUAUGAGGGAGGACGGCACAGUGCACAUGCCCUUCCCUAUUGUGACCGCCUGUGUCCUGGCUGCCCACUGGCUCAUCAUGGUAGCCUGGAUACACGCACAGGGGACAAACUUCUGUGGGGGCGAUAGCGAGGGCCAGCGUCAGCCCGUCCUGGAGUUCUUGUACAACUGCGUGAUGGGGGUGGUGCACGUGUUCUCCUACAUCAACGUGAAGGACACACCCUCGCGCCGACGCAUGGCCUUCUUCUACGCCUUCUGCCUCAUCGAGAACACCGUCAUGAUCUCCGUCUGGUGUGUCGAGAUGGAGCCGCACCUCUCUGUGUGGUUCCGUGCCGUGAUGGUGUUCAGCGUGGAGGUGCUGUGGCUGGUGGGCAUCUGCUGCCUCAUUGGCUACUACGCCUUCCUCCACCCAGACAAGGACAACCUCGGCACAUCCAGGAACAAUGCGUCGUGGAGGAGUUAACCAAGAGGAACAACAAUGACCCUGAGGGACAAUAACAACACCUCCAGGAAUCAGGCAUCAUGGAGGAGCUAACCGAGAGGAGCAAAGAUGACCAAGAGGAACAGUAACAACAACAACAACAUGUCCCUUCUUCACAAAUUAGUAGAUGAACACCAGAUACCAAGAGGCAUUACCAUUAGUAAAGUCAUGAGGCUUGCAAAUGGAUCAUAAGGAUAAUGAAAAUAAAUCUAGGUUGCAGUAAAUAAAAGCUUGAAAAAAGUAACCUAGAGGCUUCCAAAUAACCCCUGAACCAUGCAUUAGUCAGCCCCUACUGUGCCUCGUCUCAUGAUGGGGCAGACUGGACGUGUGUGUGUGUGUCAUGGGGUUGGGUGGAGGAGGUGAAGCCAAGGAUGAUAAAGUGUUGCACCUACAUUAGGGAACGCCAUGAAAUGUACCUUGACUAGAGAAUGAUGUGAAUUGUGCCUAACCAUGACAUGAAGUGCUGUGUGUCUAGACUGAGACUGACAUGAAGUGAUGCAUCUAGAUUGGAGACCUGCAUGGUGCCUAGAUUGGGGAAGGGCAUUAAGUGUUGUAACUGCAGACUGGUGAAUGACAUGAAGUGUUGAACUUAGACCAGAGAAUGACAUGAAGUGCUGUACCUAGACUGAAGAGUGACAAGGUGUUGUGCCUAUAGACUGAAGAAGGACAUGAGGUGCUGUGCCGAGAGACAGGACGACAUGAAGUACUGUUACUGGAUUUUUUUCCUCAUGUUUAACCCAUGGUGCCGGUAGGAUUUUUUGGUGGGGCCUGGUGGUCGUCCCCAGCCCAUUAUGGCGCAGGCAAGUUUUACAGUGGUUUUAUAGUGGAGAACAACAUGAAGUGAUGUGCCUUGAUUGGAAAAUGCCACGAGUUGUGUCUCUAUUGAGGUGACAAUGCAAGGGAGCCUGAUGUAUAUUGCAGUGUGUGUUGCCUUACAAUACAAUUUCUGAAUGUCUGUGAUUCCUCAUUCACUGCCAUGGAUGUGAUGCUGAGCCCCAUAUUCUUAGACAUUUGGUUUUCACAACUAUUUCCAAAAUUCAUAGAGGAGACUGGUCGGGUUCUUACGAGUGUUUUAAUGUUCACGGUGCAAAAACCUUGUCAAAUUACCACUAAGCUCAUAAAACUACCCAUGGAAACACUCACAACCUCUACCAAAGCCUCAAAACAUGUGGGUGUGUGAGCCCUGAAGUGUCUGAGAGUAUGGGCACAUGAAUUGCCAUCAUACAUAGCAAUACAAAGACACUGCAGUAUUUUCAAGGGUGUAAUGUUAGCUAAGUAUGACGAGUCGACGACCAUACACUUGACAUCGAAUUUAAGUUUUGUAUCUGUGAGCUUUAAUCAACUAUGUAAAAGAGAAAAUAAUUGCACAUUCGUUCCACCGUGUAUUUAUGUAAGUCUUUUUAAUAAACGCCAAUUUUAUACAUUCUACAAA